UAGAUGUCAAAAUUGGUCUGACAAUAUAUUUUGUAAAAUAUUUAUAUAAAUUAAAAUUAACUUAUUUUUUAAUAUUGUUCAUACAUUAUAUUCAAAAUAAGUAUAAAUUUGAAUAAUGAAAUUAUAAUCUACGUUGAGGCACCCUCAGAAGUCAAUUAUAUAGGUUUUGUUGCUUAAAUACUAUAUCAUUAUAAUUUAUAAAUAAUGCGAACGUAUAAAAGAAAGCGACCAGAAUACACAUUUAUCGAGGGUGUUCAUGAGCUGUGUAGACUUUGCCUGGAAAAAGCAACCGAAUCGGUUCCUAUAUUUAGUAAUGAAUCGAAUAUUUAUGCAUCUCUAUCAGUGAGAAUCAUGAUGUGUGUAGGAUUUGAGGUGAGCAGAGAGGAUUGUCUUCCUAACAGUAUAUGUUCCACAUGUCACAAACAAUUGAGUAGUUUUUAUGAAUUUAGAAAAAAAUGUGCUGUCAUGUAUCAAAAAUUAAAAUGCCACGUACUAGCUGUGAAGCAGAUGGAAAGUGAAAAGGCUCUAAAACAAAUUCAGGAAAAUAAUAUUACGAAGGCAUUCGAGAGUGACACAGGCAGGCAUGUUCAGAACCACGGAACUGUUGAUGCAAGUAAUGAAACACAAAUUAUAAGUGAUUCUGUGAGUCUUAUUAAGAAUACUAUUACAGAAAAUAUUGAGGAGGCACCGGAUAUAUCAGAUUUCCUCUCAUCAAUAUUAUUAGAAAUUGGUAUCUUGACAAAACAGGACGGACAAGUUGUGUCAAAAGAACAUCUCGAGAUGAUAGACAUAGACAGUGGAGCUGAUCGAGUUACAUUCCAGUUGUUAGAGGUGGAUGAGGGACAAAAAUCCAGUGAUAUUAUAAAGGAUAGUGCAAAUAGUGAAUUAUUAAAUGUUAGGAAUGUUAAUAUAUUAGAAAAGGAACUGUUGAGACCCAUCAAUAUUAAAAGCAGUGUCCCGCGAUGUACGGAGUGCGGUAAGAGCUACGCGACUCGCGGCGCUCUCCGGAGACACGCCCGAGUACACACGGGAGAGAGGCCGCACGUGUGUCACGUGUGCUCCAGGGCGUUCGGACAGAAGGAGGUGCUCAGGAGGCACGAGCUGGUACAUACAGAGGAUCGUCCAUUCAAGUGUCAGAACUGUCCGAAGAGCUUCACUCAGCGCGGCGCGUUGUUGUCCCACGGCCGCGCGUGUCUCCCGCCGCCGGCCGCGCGCCCGCUCGCCCUCCACAGGUGUACUGUUUGUCCUAAAGUGUUCCUACACGCCUCCGGUCUGUCUCGUCACGCGUUGGUGCACGCGGGUCGUGUGUUCUCGUGCUCGCCGUGCGGCCGCCGCUACAGCGAUCGCAGCUCGCUGCUGCGUCAUCUCCGCUCACACAAACACGCGCGCACGCAUACAGACACGCGGCGCGACGCGCACACUGACGACGCUACGGCUUUGACUGUCACUGGAUGAUAUUAAAUAUAUAGUGAAAUGCAA